CAGGGGCGCCCCCCCCGGUGCUCGUGGUUCCGGCCGCCCCGCCCCUCGCUGGUUGUCUCUGGGGCCUGGCUGCCGCCGCGGGUCGGUCGGUGCGGCUCCCCGGGGCUGGGGCUGCGGGGCCCGGGCUGCAGAUCCGCUGGGACCUUGGAGGCCCCUGCAGAGGAGGGGGCGCUGGGACUGCAGCCCACAUCCUGGAGCCGAGAUUCUCAGCCUUAUUUAGGUGCGGCUUAACAGGUGUGACUUCAGCGUCUGAAGCCUCAGUCUGGUCAUCUGUAGAUUAGACAUAACCGAAGCUACUUCGCAGAGCUGUUAAGAGGAUUACAUGAAAUAAUGCUUGUAAAGCUUUUUGCGCAAGGGAGCCCUGGAGGCAAGACCCCGCAGGCAAAACAUGCCUGCUCUUACCCAGAACCAUGUGCAGCAUGAAGACCCCUGUGGAGCUGGCAGUCAGUGGGAUGCAGACCCUCCGCCUUCAGCACCAUUGCCAGGGCAGCUACCGGGUCAAGGCCAGGCCGUCAUAUGUGGAUGAGACAUUGUUUGGCAGCCCUGCGGGUACCCGGCCCACACCACCAGACUUCGACCCACCCUGGGUGGAGAAGGCCAACAGAACCAGUGGAGUGGGCACAGGGGCAUCACAGGCCUCAGGGGCCAAUGGCAGCUGUGAGACCACCUCCUCCAGGGGCAACACCCCGACCCUCACACCAAGGAAGAAGAACAAAUACAGAUUGAUCAGCCACGUUCCUUCUUACUGUGAUGAGUCACUGUUUGGCUCCCGACCAGAGGGCACUAGCUGGGAGGGCCCGUGGAUGGCAAAGGGUGAUGCUGCUAAACUCCAUGCCCUCUUCUGGACACCUCCAGCCACCCCCAGGGGCAGCCACUCAUCCCGCUCCCGGGAGACCCCGCUGCGAGCCAUUCACCCAGCUGGUCCCUUGAAGGCAGAGCCCAAGGUGGCAGCAGACUCCCGGAAGCUGUCUAUGGCUGGGUUGGACUCUCCGCACCCUCUGAGGCGGGAACGUUCCCAUUCCCUCACACACCUGAAUGCCCCCAGCGCUGGUCGCCCACCCACCAGCGCCCUCCACACCAAUGGGCCUCGGGAUUCCCGGCCUUCCCCCUCAGGGGUGACCUUCCAGAGCCCCCGAGUGACUCCUAGGGCCCGUUCCAUUCGUGAUUCAGUGCCAGCUGCCCCCCAACGGGGUGGGGCCACCCAGAAACCAAAGCCCCCUUGGAAAUGAGUUCCUUGGUCCUCCCCUCCUCGAGCUUGCUCAUGGGGUCACAGUGCAGAGCACGGUUUCAGAGGAGGGCACUGGUUGAGGGUGCCCCUGCAGAGACCAGAGUCUCCUAGGUAACCAUGAAGCAUUGGAAAAGUGUUCCUGGGGGCAGACAUAGCGGGAGGAGGCAGUGCCUUCCUUAAGCACCGGUUGCUCCCUACCUUAUACCCAAUGACAGGGAUUCGGCGGCUGCCCCUUGAGAUGCCUGUACCAGUCUUGCUCUAGCCACAGGCCGUGCCAACCCAGGGGUGCCCACCAGUCCCCCAUCACUCCCGCAACCUUGUCUUGUCACCAGUGUGAAUAAAUGGCGUGCUUGCCAACCUAG